AUGAAGUCGCAAGGCCUCGCGCUUUUCGGACUAUUUGUCUCUUCUGCCUUUGCAGUUCCUGGAGUAAAGAGGCAUGGGGAUGGCAGCGACCAGCCGAUUAGUGGUGCCAAAGGAGCCCCGAUCCUAGGCGGAACAAACAAGGAACUUGAUCUCCAGAACCCAGACCAAUUCCGCCCGCCCAGUACCGAUAAUGGCUUUGUUCCCAAUGUCAAGUGGAGCUUCUCUGAAUCUCAAACCCGACUUUUCCCAGGUGGUUGGUCUCGAGAGCAAGUAAUUCAGGACUUGCCCCAGAGCCAUGAUAUUGCGGGCGCUCAGCAGCAUCUGAAAAAGGGCGCUAUUCGCGAACUACACUGGCACCGCACGGCCGAGUGGGGAUUUGUCUACAAUGGUUCCCUCCUGAUUUCCGGCGUUGACGAGAAAGGCAGUUUUACAACUGAUGUUCUUGAAACUGGUGAUAUUUGGUAUUUCCCAAAAGGUGUGGCGCAUAACGUCCAGGGUCUAGACGAGGAGAACGAGUAUCUCCUCGCGUUUGACGACGGUGACUUUGAGAAGAUUGGAACCACCUUUAUGGUCGACGAUUGGAUUACCCACACCCCCCGAGACGUUCUUGCAAAGAACUUCGGUGUUGAUCCCAAGGUUUUCGACUCGGUCCCCUCCAAGUUCCCUUAUAUCCUCAAUGGCACAGUGAGCAAGGACCUCGAGAAGGCCCCUGAGGGUAACUUACGAGCUGACAAUUCCUACGUCUACCACACCUACAAACAUCCCUCGGAGCCUGUUCCUGGCCAUGGUGGAACCUUCCGCAAGAUCGAUUCGACAAACUUCCCGAUCUCCAAAACCCUUGCUGCUACAAUUGUUGAGCUGGAGCCGAAGGGACUCCGUGAGCUCCACUGGCAUCCUAAUGCCGAGGAAUGGCUUUAUUUCCACCAAGGCCAUGCUCGCGCAACCGUCUUUAUUGGUGAUUCCAAGGCCCGGACUUUCGAUUUCCAAGCAGGCGAUACAGCUGCCUUCCCCGAUAACAGUGGUCACUAUAUUGAGAACACAUCUGAGACCGAGAAGCUUGUUUGGAUCGAGCUAUACAAGAGCGACCGUGUCGCCGAUAUCUCUCUGGCUCAGUGGCUGGCUUUGACUCCUGCUGACACUGUUGCCAACGUCUUGAAUGUUGAUAUUGAAGUGAUCAAACAGAUCAAGAAGGAGAAGCAGGUUCUUGUUCAGGGCAAGAAAUAA